AUGGCUGCGGCAGCCGUAGCUGUGCCGAGGGAGUUUGCUCCCAACCCAGGGUUGGAACAUAGGAAUCUCAACCCUCAUGAAAGAACCCAUGCGCCCCAGUACUACGCAGCCAUCUCAAAGAUUGUGGAGAUUAGGGAGCGAUACAUCAAAGACCGCUUCGUGUUCGUCGAGAGUGCUGCGAUGGUACCCAUCCUCAAGGGGCUCGGUGCGCAAGAUGAGCAUUUUGAAGCCAUUCAGACCGUCAGCGAUGGCCUUCGCACCGACCCAACUCUACCCUUUCGCGAGUCCAAAAAUGGACGGUUCUGCUUCGACCUUGACACGCGUUCUGUGCGCCGAUUGGAGUUCCAACCCUUUGCUCUAUCCGUCGAAGAAGAUUUUAAGCGACAUGAUUCCGGACAAAUACGGCGUUUCGAGGAAAUCGGAAACGACCUGCAGUUGAAUACAGUAUUCCAGGCUCUGUUGCUGUUCAAGUUCAUGGUUUUCCACGGGGUGCAAACUCAUCUCAGACAGAAGCUCGACUACAACAGCCACAAGUGGAUCUCGACCGUCUUCAACCUGCGUACCGUGACUACAUCCGAGAUUCUAGGAGAGCCGGCCCUGGAAGGCGUGCACACCGACGGGGUCGACCAUACCAUGACCACAUAUCUGGGCAGCCGCAACAUGGACCCUCGCAGCUGUGUGACCUUCAUGCACUACAACGAGGAGCAGACCGGGAUCGACUACGAGGAGACGACGGCGAAGCACAUGGCCGGGCGAGUACACCAUCUCCAAUUCCUCGACACUCUCAUCAUUGUGGACAACGAGCGAAAACACAGUCUCUCGCCCCUCGAGCCUAUUGACCCGCGGGUGCGAGCGACGCGAGACAUGUUGAUUUUCUUCACCCGGAAACCUGUCACCAAGGGCCACAUCUCGGAACAUCUGGACUCUCCCAAACCGCAUCUGGACAUGCCGAUGGAGUUUCCCCUCUGGUUUCCGUGA